GCUCAACCAAUCGCAAGGCCGAUUGCUGAAAAGUGCUCUGGACGUACAGCCGGAGGACCGUCCGGGUUCCAGGUUAACCAGGUCCGCUUGAGUUCUGGUUGAGGAACUUCUGUUGGUGUUUGGGGCCGCAGGAAUCUGCAACCAUGGAUGACUCACAUACACUUCAAGACCUGCUUUAGAUUUGGGUUUUGCUGGAAAACUUGCAACUACACUAAGUUGAAUGAAAUGUUGAAGAGACCUAUGGUGAAGCGACUUCCAGUCAUUUGGAAAGGAUGGGAUGAAAAGGAACCUUGGUGAUAAUUUUGAUGUCUGCAAGAUUUAGUACCAGUGUAAUGGGAUUAUCGGUAACACCUUCACUGCAGAAAAAGCCACCUGGCGUUAUAACUGGCAGCAACUGAGAACUAAUCCUUUCCCAUCUCUUGGAUGUCAUUCAUGAAGCUCAAAGCAAUUUCUGCCCUGCUAACUGUGAUUAAUUUUAUAAACAACAACAAAAAACCAGGUAGAAUUAUAAUCCUGAAGCACAGUCUUGAAGGCACAAGCCUGUAAUCCUGGCUAUUCGGGAAGUGAAAACAAGAAAUUUGCAGAUUCAAGGCCUGCCUGGGCUACAAGGCCAGUGGUGACAGAAUCAACAUUGAACUAUGCUUCGUGGUAUUCUGGGAAAGGCCUUUCGACUUGCUGGCUAUACCAUUCAGUAUGGGUGUAUAGCUCAUUGUGCUUUUGAAUACGUUGGCGGUGUUGUAAUGUGUUCUGGACCAUCAAUGGAACCCACAAUUCAAAAUUCAGAUAUUGUCUUUGCAGAAAAUCUUAGCCGACAUUUUCAUGGUAUCCAAAGAGGUGACAUUGUAAUUGCAAAAAGCCCAAGUGACCCAAAAUCAAAUAUUUGUAAAAGAGUAAUUGGUUUGGAAGGAGACAAAAUCCUCACCACCAGUCCAUCGGAUAUCUUUAAAAGGCAUAAUUAUGUGCCAACAGGUCAUGUUUGGUUAGAAGGUGAUAACUUGCAGAAUUCUACAGACUCCAGGUGCUACGGGCCAAUACCAUAUGGACUAAUACGAGGACGGAUCUUCUUUAAGAUUUGGCCUUUCAGUGAUUUUGGAUUUCUGCGUGACAGCCCAAAUGGCCAGAGAUUUUCUGAUGAUUAGCAAGCAUUUACUUUUUUGACUUGAUUAUUGUCUAUUCAUAUAAAUGUAUUACUGCAGUUGAAACCAUGAACUUAACAAUAAACUUUUGCUACUCA